CUAGACAGUGACAAUGUAUUUCGAAUUGCCGGUCUAUCUGAUCGCGCGUCGCGCAAAAAGUGCAACGGUACAUUGCGAGACUGAGUUGAAAACAGCUGCCGCAUCGAUCAAGGAUCAAGACCGGAACGCAAUUCCGCCGUGUUAAGUUCGCAGUGAUGAUCUCGCGACCGAUCAUGAAAAUCGACGCAAUCGUGAAGAAGGAACGACUGAUCGAUUACGAACGACGAAAGAUCUACCGCGGCAGCUGGUAGCGAGGCACGACGAAGUCGCCUCCGUCUGCGUAGUAAGUGAAAUCACGACGUCCCGGCCGAGGGGUGCGUGCUUGGGCGACGAGGGGCGGCUACUGGCCGAUGGGAUGCAUCUACCGGUGGGUUCCGUGGGCUGCGGGGAGAAUUACGGCACCGUUGGAUCUCACGAAGGCGCCGGCCCGUGUGGUCCCUCCCUGGCGCCGCUGCAAGGUGUAAACAGCAGGUACCACCAAGUAGACGACGCCGACGCCGGAGGUGGAGGCGGCGAAAUGAGCGAGAGUGCCGCCGUCGGCGAACUAUGGUGGACCGAAAGGCUCGUCGGCGAGGCGCAGGCCGAGCAUCCUGGGGAACUGGUCAGGACAGGAUCGCCGUACUUUCUGUGCAGUCAACUACCGACGCACUGGCGAUCCAACAAAACGCUUCCAGUGGCAUUUAAAGUGGUUGCCCUCGGCGAGGUUGGCGAUGGGACUCUCGUGACAGUUCGAGCUGGUAAUGACGAGAACUGUUGCGCCGAAUUACGAAAUUCUACCGCGUUAAUGAAGAAUCAAGUCGCCAAAUUUAAUGACCUUAGAUUUGUCGGCAGAAGUGGCAGAGGAAAAAGCUUCAGCAUCACCAUUACCGUGUCGACGACACCACCCCAAGUGGCGACCUAUACGAGGGCGAUUAAGGUGACCGUCGAUGGACCACGGGAGCCACGAUCGAAAACGAGGCAGCAACAUCAGCAAUUCCGCGCACUCGGUCUAGGACAAAGGCCCUUCCUCGACGCGCCGACCUCGUUCAGAUCCCACUUGCGAGAACUCGAAUCGUUCGGAAGGAAUAAGCAUCACCAUCAUCACAGCAGCAGUCACUUACACGACCAGCAGACUGGCAACAACGUCACCACGAAUUCGGUUAGCGGUGCCUGCACCAACCCCAACAACACCGACCCGACCGCAUCGCCGGCUUCCAGUACACACCUCGGGGCUACUGGCGGCUCUUCCGUUCAUCAGGAUUGCUACAAGCGUAGUCCUCAGCACGGCGACACGGGUAUUGGUACUACAGAAUGGGCUUACCCAUCCACAGCGCCGUCUUAUCCGGCUCCUCCAGUCAGUAGCAGUGGUUCCUAUUCUCCUUUACCUGGCGGUGCGUUUUCAUACCCAGGGGAAUCAUUGUCACAUCAUCCAACAACGGAACCGGUGCCAUUGCCAACCGUACUUCCUUCGGAAACUCAACAGGAUACCUACACGCCGAAUUGCGUGUCCAUGUACUCAGGACAUGGCACCUCGCCGACCACGUCCUUGCCCUUGGUGCCGACCAGACCCAGCGACCCUGACAUUUUUGCCAGUAGUGGCACGGGCAGUGCGGGUAGCCCGGGUUACCAUUACAGUUCCUGGACACCUGGUCCGGCGACCCCGGUCCCAGUGGCUUCCCACAAUUACAAUCCCAAUUAUCAAGGCUACUACAACAAUCCGAGUCAGAAUUACAUCACAGGUCCGACACCGAUGGUCCUCUAUCCUCAGCUAUACAGCACCGUCAAUCAAAACCAGAUUCAUUUGCAUCUGCACGGCGAUCUGAGUGACGAACAGGUCACUAUAGCCGGUGGCAAUCUUACCAUCAGUAGUAUCCGAGAAAUCGGCGUACUUGGCGAGGAAAGCGAGCAAAGAAACGACGUAUGGAGACCGUACUAAAAAGAAGAGAUCUGUGUUAUAAUAUAAUAAUUGAAAUUAUGCGACAUAUCGUGUGUGCGACUUACAAUGCGCAAAUUUCCGAGUGUGGCAAUGUAAUUUCGAAUUAGUGCUCUAAUUAGUGUAACAAAGACAGCAGGACAUCUGUACCGAGUACUUUCCAGAAGAAAGACGUGCGUAAGAUAAAUGCUGUAUGAAUAGCAAUAUUUCUUCGGGUCAUCCGCAGUUACGCGAAUUAAUGCGUAUGUAAGAACCCAGGUGAAUGAUAUCCGAUAUGAUUUCUCGUAGUGCGUCGCGUAUAAAGUAUGAAAGUAAAAAUUAUUGACUCGUUCACGUUGAAGCGAAGUGAGAAACGAACUUUACUAAAAAAAAAAACUUCUUCGAUUUAUGAAAAAUUACCCAGUAAUGGGAGAUUUCAUUAAAGACUCCUAAUGAGACUAAUCAAUGAGUGAAGAAUCGUCAUU